AUGCAGUCCCAUCCGCAAGCAGCAUUUCUUCCACCAUUAGUCAGGGACCUUAUUUGCAAUAACCGAUCUCAACCCCAAUUCGCGGUAGUAGAUUCACUGUCAACACUCCCGCUGUUGAAUAACGGCACUAAAAAAGACAUUGAUGGCGCCAAUAACAGCAUCAGUAACAUUAGUGGUAGUGGUUGUGAUGGUGACGGAUUUUUCUUAUCAAUUGAGGCAAUACGCCCAUUCCUGCCUCAAGUAGUCCCGGAAAACGUUAAGAAUCGUGCUGGUCCUGAUAUUGAUACUGUUACAGCAACUCCUGACCUUAUCGACCCACGAGAUCUGUUACCGUUUAAGCGAGCGUGCAUCAUUUUGCUAAAGGAGUUUCGAGAACAAUUGACGCAAAAACAGAAGCAGAACCGAGCUCAAGUCAGCGCUAACACAGUGUUGGAAGAGAUAUAUGCAGAUUCAUUGGACUGGUUAGGACCAGCGGGCAAACGAGCCAGUCAAAUCUGGUUUGAGUUGUUUCUUAAUGGAGAAAGAUAUGAUCAAGCUUGGCUUGUUGGAUCCACUGUCUUGGAGCAAUUGCUUGGGAAUAUCAUCUACACACUUCAAGGACCGGACAUAUUUAUUCCGUUCCUAGUUCGAGAUUUGUUUGCAGUCCCUUGUUUAACGAGGUGUGUUGAUUGGACCCUACUUAGGGUACUCAAGACGAUGAUGGGAUCACCACUGACUCUGAAUAUUCGAAACCUGCUCUGGCAUGGAUUUAUUCUUCCUACUGAUGAUAUACCUCUGGAUGCGUAUGGUGCAAUGUUAAUCGUCACGACCAUGACGCUAGCACACAACGCCAAAACAAAAUUGAAAGGGAAAAUAUUGGACAUUCGGCAUCAGAACCCGAAGCAGUACUAUUUCUGCCCGCAAAAACAACAAAAGGGUCGACAAGGGAAACAGGGGCAAAAGGGGCAACAGGGACAUUUGGAUGAUAGAAAUGAACAACCUGAGAAUCCUGUAGAUUUCGAUACAAUAUAUGAGGAGCUGACAUAUGGAAGGUGUCCUGAAGUCGUUGAAGAUGUCUCGAACUUGCUCUUGGUCAUGUAUUCCCUAGUGAAUAAGAGCUCGUUCAUUAUUCCGGGCACACAUGAACAAUGGGUCUCUGCUCUUCAGCACCUACAAAAUAACAGCAAUACUGAUGACAACAACAACACUACUAGCAUUAGUGGCGGUUUCAGUAAUAGUUUUAUGGCUGUUAUGACAACUUUACCCUUGAUAGAACAUGCACUGCGGCUGAUUUAUGUUCAAGUCAAUGAAUGUAAACAAGAUCGCAAAAGUGCCUUGAUCGCAGGUGAAUAUUAUUUAACUAUGGAUGUGAUCUUGGAUCCUUUUGUGCCAGUGGAUUACUAUGAUCCUGGGUCAGCUGUAAUUCAGAAUAUGGACCAUGCUGCGAUUCCGAAUCGAUUAUACUUGGAAUUGGGUCCUCAAGUUAUGAAUAUACUCAACGACCUGUUUAUCCACAGCUUUGGUCCCCGUCUCCGUGAUAGAACCAGUCAUGGAGAGCUUAAUAGCUACAUGACGACCACCACCACUAGGGCGACGAAGAGAGGGGAUAUCACUACUGAACCUUGGUUUGCCUAUUACAUUGGUGUGUUAAUAUUCUUGUUGAACAAAUACAUGCCACCGUCCGACCGGCCUGAUGUAUCGAAGUUCAUAUCCUGGAUUGAAGAGUAUAAAGCCUGCCGGUUUGAGAAAUGGUCUACUCUAGUCAAGGAAGCUGUACGUUGUAUCGCAUUGUUGAAAGACUAUAGUGAUUUUGCCAACAAGAUCCCAGAUCCCGGCUCUAUUUUCAGCUUAGCGAGUACUAGUAAUAGUUUGAUGGACGACGACGGCUCUUCUGAAGGCGCCCAUCAUGUCUUGUCUUCACCAAUACCAGGAUCUAUAUCGUCAUCAUCGUCUGCAUCACACCCACCUCUGCCCCCUGUUUCUCAAGCAAUAGAUGUUUUCUUUAAAGUUAACUCGGCUACUUCAGUAUUCUCAACGGAUUCCGCAUUCUCCAGAGGCGUUUCGCUUCAAGAGCUUAUUCGCUCAGGGCUCGUUUCCUGGCCAAGUCCUUUAUCAUCGUCGUCGCCGUUGCUGUCAUCAAACUCUUUUGCAAAUAAUUUGCUUGCAUGGAUUCAAAUAGUUCAGAGCAUUCAAAAAGCAAUUCAAAAAGUGACCAUGAAGGUUAGGACAUUGUCGGAACAAUUAGCGAUGCGGCAGCUAUCAUCUAAAGCGCGGAAGCAGUUUGAGAGUAUCAAGCCUAUGGUCCCAAGGCUCCUUGGGAUGUUGAUGGGAUGUCUAGCUCUGAUCGAACGCUUCGUACUGACAGCGCCCUUUUCCGCCACAUUAAUUGCGGAAGCAACGACCACAGCAUCCACAGCAGAGGAGGAUACUAUAGAUGCAGUAGUAUCUGAUCAAGGGUCAAGAGCUUUGUUAGAGGAGUUAACUGGGCCAUCACUGCCAUCAGCUUUUUCUUCAAUACUCUCUACUUCUAUGCCAAAAAAUGUUCCAGUAGCAGCGACAACUAAGACGACAAAGACGGCAACAAAAACAAUAACAGCAGUAACGGAGGGAGCAACGGAUAAAUCAAGUUUAUCUGAGAUCCAGCUUCGAUUAAGGAUAACGAUGUUUAUUGAUAAGUUUGUGUCAAAUUUUGAUCGCGUCAAAUUGAACAUGAUAGAGCCAGCAUGGGAAGACUUGACCAAUUACAUUGAGAUGCUUCUAAAAAUGGCUGCAGGAAAUAGUUCUUGCAUAUAA